GCGACGGAGGCGGGCGGCGGGAGGGACGGGCAGGCUUUUGUGGCGCAGCCGCCUCUCUAGCAGCUCCGGCCCCAGCCCGCGGCUCGCGGACCUGCAGCCCAGCCCGGCCGCGCUGCGUGCCCCGGCGCGCACCCCCUCCCACUCCCAUCCACUCGGAGCCACGUCCUCUGCCCGGCUCCGGCCGGCUCCCACCGUCCCCGGCCACCGUCUUCGCCCCUGACCGGCCCCCGCCCCUUCCAGCCACUACCCCGCCCCCACCCCCUUCUCCAGCCGCACGGACUAGGCAGAGGCCGCCCGCGGUCAGGCCUGGCCGGGUCCAAUUAGGGGACUCACAGCCUGCCCCGCUGUGCACCCCGAGGAGGCCCGGCCCCUGUGUCCAAUCCGGAAGUCGCAGGGAAGUGGGGAGGUCAGGAUGGUGGCGCCCGCGGCUCGGGUCUUCCUCCGGGCAGUGCGCGCGGCUCUCACUUCCACGGUCCCGGACCUGCUCUGCCUCCUGGCCCGAGGCUCCCUGCGUGACCUCGCGUCUGGUCGCCUACCCCUCGCGGUCCACUCCGCCCAGCAUGGACCUGGAUCCGGGGCGCCUUGGUUGCGAAUUGCCAGGAGGGCCCUGAGAUUUGUGUUGUCAAAACACUGGGGGGAUGAUUGUUACCUGACAAACCGCCUCUGGCAGGACCUGAAGCCUCCCAGUCACGUCGGGAACGGGCAGGAGCUCAGGCUGGCGCCGCCGGUGCAGUGGGCAUUACAGCCAAAGAAUUUAGAACGAGUCUACGUGGACACGCAAGUUUCAGCGAGCGGGGAUUUCCUGCGAGGCCGAGCGCGAGGAACAGCCGGCCCCGGAGGCUCGGGCUCGGGGUCUCUCCGGGAACGCAGCCGACUGAGAAGGCCGGGGCGCUCGCCGGGCUCGGCGCCGUCCUCCGUGUCGCGGGGACGGAAGGAGGCGACGCAGGCCAGGAGUCGUGCGCGCGGGCGGCGAGGGGGCGCUGUGGCCCGUGUCUGCCGGCCCGAGUCCCAGCAACGGUGGGCGCGACCCACCUCCUCCCACGGCGGCUUAAUUCGGGGAAGAAGAAAAAACGGCAUCGAGGCAUUUCAAUAAAACCUAAGCGAUUCCUGA